AAAAGUACAAAUAUAUUGCUUUUUAAUCUACAUUGUUUCUCGCUAUUGAUAAUUAUCAGACAUAUUAAUUUUAAAUAUUGAUUUCCCUUUAUAAACAAAAAUAGCCUAUAUAUUAUAGACUAGAGAGGCCAUCGCGACGAGCUCGCCAGAGGGCCCUCGAAAUCGUAGGGCCGGCGCUGUCAGUACCCUCCCUUCGUGGAAUCCUUACGGCGGCGCGGGUUGAACGCCGGCGACGUGGGCUGCGGGCUAUUCUCCAUGGGAUGGUUUGGCGACGGUGAGCCAACAUACGGUGGCGCUAGGCUGGCCAAGAUGCAGUGCUUCGUGCGUCAUAUGGAUGGUGAUGCCACGACGACGGCCAAUGUCUUUGCCCGGCCGCUGGACGGCGUGACGCUGGUGGUGGACCUCGACCGGGUCGCCAUUGUCGGGUACAAGGACAGGGUGGUGAAGCCGGUGCCCAAGGCGGAGGGGACAGACUACCGGGCAGACAAGCUCGGGCCGCCGUUCACCGGACCGGACACGGUGCCUGGCGUGGUGGUGCAGCCGGAGGGGAGCGGCAUCUGCGUAGAUGGUCACCUUGUUAGAUGGGCCAACUGGGAGUUGCACAUCGGCUUCGACAUGCGCGCCGGCACGGUCAUCUCGCUCGCCUCAGUGUUGGACAUCGACGCCGGCCAUCGCCGACGGGUGCUCUACCGCGGCUUCGUGUCGGAGAUCUUCGUGCCCUACAUGGACCCAGAGGAGGAGUGGUACUUCCACACGUUCUUGGACGCCGGCGGGUACGGCCUUGGUGUCUCGGCGUCGUCUCUCCAGCGCGGCGCCGACUGCCCAGCGGGCAACGCCGUCUACUUCGAUGGCUAUUACAGCGACCCAGACGGCAGGCCUGUAAAGGCCGAGGAUGUGAUCUGCGUCUUCGAGCGCUACUCCGGCGACAUUGCGUGGCGCCACACCGGGAUCGCGGAACAGGAGGUCCGGCCGGACGUGACAUUAGUGGUCAGGAUGGUGGCCACUAUUGGGAACUAUGACUACAUACUAGACUGGGAGUUCAAAACCAGCGGCACCAUCAAGUGUGUGGUAUCCCUCACCGGCAUCCUGGUGAUGAAGGCGACGUCGUACACGCGCGUCGAGCAGAUCAGGGAGGACGCGCACGGCACGCUGGUGGCGGAGAACACCGUCGGCGUCUACCAUGACCACUUCAUCACAUACCACCUGGACAUCGACGUCGAUGGCACAAGGAACUCCUUCGUCAAGAAGACCAUCACCCCAGUGCGCAACACCGGGAACCCUGCCACCGGCGGUGCAGACACGCCGAGGAAGAGCUACUGGACGGUGCGCCGCGAGGUGGUGGAGACCGAGGUUGACGGCCAGGCAAAGUUAAAUGGCGCUCUGCCGGUAGAGCUCUUGUUCAUCAACCCGGGCAAGAAAACCAAUGUCGGCAACGAGGUCGGGUACCGUCUUGUCCCGGCAGGUGCGACGGCGGCCUCGCUGCUGGCCGACGAUGACUACCCGCAGCGCCGUGCCAGCUACGCCAAAAAGCAGGUGUGGGUGACGCCCUACAACAAGUCGGAGAAGUGGGUGCCCGGGCUGUAUGCGGAGCAGAGCACCGGAGACGACAACUUGGCCGCCUGGAGCAGGAGCAACAGGAGGAUAAUGGACGAGGACAUCGUGCUGUGGUACACGGUGGGCCUGCACCACAUCCCCUACCAGGAGGACUUCCCGGUGAUGCCGACGGUGAGCGGUGCGUUUGAGCUGCGGCCCUCAAAUUUCUUUGACAGGAACCCUCUGCUCAGAACCAGGCCUCCUCCCAGGAAUGGUUACUCCCCUAAUUGCUCGUGCAAUGUUGGAUCAGGUUAAUUUGUUCAACGCUGCCGUCCACAUCACAUCAUAUUUUAGAAAAUGUAAGAGAAUAUCCUGCCCUCUGCAUGUCAGCACACAGCAUCAGUUACAUUGUUUCAGCCACGUUGUUGAUGAACAAGAUGUUAAUGUAAGCAUUCUCACCUCCCUUAGGAGGCCAUUGAGUUUGUUUAUAAAGUCAAGAAUAACCCUUCAUGUGGCAUU